CUCCUUCUUCUUCUUCUUCUUCUUCCUCUUCAAUGUUUCUGGGGUGCUUUGUUUUUCGUUUUUCUCUCUCUGUUCCAAAAAAGUUUCAUCCUUUUCAAUUCCGAAAAUACCCUUACUUCAUUCCUUCUUUUUCCUUCUCUUCUUCUUCUUCUUCUUCAACCUUAUUUCCUCAAUACACUCAUCAAGGGUCUUUGUCUCAAAGGUGACAUCCAUCAAGCAUUGCACUUUCAUGAUAAGGUUAUUGCGAUGGGAUUUCAUUUGGACCAAGUUAGUUAUGGAACCUUGAUUAAUGGCUUGUGUAAAGUUGGUGAAACAAAAGCAGCCCUUGAAUUGCUCCGACGAAAUGAUGGAAAAUUAGUUCAGCCUGAUGUGGUAAUGUACAAUACCAUUAUCGAUGGUAUGUGUAAAGAUAAACAUGUUAAUGAUGCUUUUGAUUUAUAUUCUGAAAAGGUUUCUAAGAGAAUUUUCCCCGAUGUUUUCACUUACAAUGCUUUAAUUAGUGGCUUUUGCAUUGUUGGUAAAUUGAAAGAUGCAAUUGAUUUAUUCAAUAAAAUGACAUCGAAAAACAUCAUCCCAGAUGUGUAUACCUUUAGUAUAUUGGUUGAUGGAUUUUGUAAGGACGGAAACAUAAAAGAGGCUAAAAAUGUGUUAGCUAUGAUGAUGAAACAAAGCAUUAAACCUGAUGUUGUUACUUACAGCUCUUUAAUGGAUGGAUAUUGUCUGGUAAAUGAAGUGAACAAGGCCGAGAGUAUAUUCAACACUAUGUCUCAUAGGGGUGUGACUGCUAAUGUUCAGAGCUACAAUAUCAUGAUUAAUGGAUUUUGUAAGAUUAAAAUGGUGGAUGAAGCCAUGAAACUUUUCAAAGAAAUGCAUCACAAACAAAUUUUUCCUGAUGUGAUAACUUAUAGUUCCCUUAUCGAUGGAUUGUGCAAAUCUGGAAGAAUAUCAUAUGCUUUGGAACUUGUCGAUGAGAUGCAUUAUCGAGGGCAACAACCUGAUAUAAUUACUUACAAUUCUAUAUUGGAUGCUUUAUGCAAAAAACAUCAUGUGGACAAAGCAAUUACAUUAUUAACAAAAUUGAAAGGCCAAGGUAUUCGACCAGAUAUGAACACAUACACCAUUCUUGUCAAGGGAUUGUGCCAAAGUGGAAAAUUGGAGGAUGCACGAAAAGUUUUUGAAGAUCUUCUGGUCAAAGGCUACAACCUUGAUGUCUAUGCAUAUACCGUUAUGAUCCAAGGGUUUUGUGACAAGGGCUUGUUUGACGAAGCGUUGGCCUUGCUGUCAAAAAUGGAAGAGAAUGGAUGCAUUCCAGAUGCUAAAACUUAUGAAAUAAUUAUCCUUUCUCUGUUCGAAAAAGAUGAAAAUGAUAUGGCAGAGAAACUUCUUCGUGAAAUGAUCAUGCGAGGUCUAUUGUAAGAUUGAAACUAUUUGAUAGCAUCAUUUCAUUUUA